AUGGCUACCAUCCGUCUCUUACUUCUCUUUCUCUCCAUAUUUUCUACUGCAACAGCUCAACCAAAAGAUACACACAUAAAUUUAGGUUCUUCUCUCUCUACCUCCACCAACUCCACUUCAUGGCUCUCACCUCUCCGUUUAUUCGCUUUCGGUUUCUACCAUGAAGGCGCUGGCUUCAGAGUUGGAAUAUGGUUGGAUGCAAGCCCAAACAAGACAAUCGUCUGGACUGCCAACCGAGACGACCCACCUAUUUCUAGCAACAGUACAUUACUCCUAAUGAGCAAUGGUCUCGUUCUACAAACCACUGGAGCCCAACAAAAGAUCCUUUUGGGUGAAAUCUCAUCCGCUUCUUUAUCCUCAGCUUCGAUGCGUGAUUCAGGCAACUUGGUUUUCUAUAAUUCCAAAAACGAAAUCAUAUGGGAAAGCUUCGAUUCUCCAACUGACACCAUCUUAGGGGGUCAAUACCUCCCAUCGGAUACGGAACUGUUUUCAAGCGCAUCAGAAACUGACCAUUCAAUCGGGCGAUUUCGGAUGAAAAUGCAAUCGGACUCAAACCUCGUGUUGUACCCAAAAGAUACUAGUGAUACUUAUUUCGAUGCAUAUUGGGCGACAUCUACUUAUAAUAAGGCGGGAAUGAGUCUGAAACUACAUCUCUAUCUCUACGAAGAUGGCAACAUGUACUUAGUCAACAACACUGACUACAAUAGUAGUUUGGUGGCAGAAGGAGGCGUUGCUGACAACGGAAUAGUCAUCUACCGCGCGACCAUCGACGUUGAUGGGAUUUUCCGUUUGUAUUCCCAUAUCUUCCCGAGGAACGGUAUCCCAAUAAUGACGACAGAUUGGGAAGCCUUGUCAGAUAAAUGUGAAGUGAAAGGCAUCUGUGGAUAUUACAGCUACUGCAAUUUGGUGGAUGACCAACCUGAUUGCCGUUGUCUGCCUGGUUACAAUUUCACUGAUCCUGAUCAAAGGUUCAAAGGCUGCGGCAGAAACUUCACUGCGGAAGUUUGCAAUGGCAAGAAUGAAAAUUUUACAAUGGAGAAUAUGCAUUUCGGAGCUUAUUAUUAUUCUAUUUCAUCGACGAAGAUAGACGAGUGCAGAGAAGCUUGUUUGAGUGACUGUAAUUGUGAGGCCGCAAUGUUUGAAAAUAACAAUUGCAUGAAAUUUUCGCGUCCGUUGAGGUAUGGUAAAUUGGCGGUCUCGAAUACGGUCUCGACGACGGCUUUCACCAAGGUGGCCAUCGAUAUUCCCGUAAUUGCAAACAGUACCAAUUCCUCUCCGAAUGCAACAAUGAUGGUAGCUGUCGAAAUCAAGAAAGAGCCGCGUGGGAAGAUUUUAAUCGCAGUUAUAAUUCUUGCCACGUGUUCAGUUGCCAGCAUUGCUUUUUCCUGUUUUCUUGUCUACAGGAAUCGAGCACAAAGCUAUAGAAAGAUGAUAGAAGAUAACAAUUUGAGAUUGUCUGAGGAGAUUGUUCUCAGAUCAUUUUCUUACAACGAGCUCGUGAAAGCAACUGACAAUUUCAAGGAAGAGUUGGGAAAGGGUUCUUUUGGAACAGUUUAUAAAGGGACCUUAUACAACAGCAACAGAACGGUUGCUGUAAAGCGACUUGAGAAAGUGUUUGAAGAAGGAGAAAGGGAGUUCCGUGCUGAAACCAGGGCAAUAGGGAGAACUCAUCACAGGAACUUGGUGCGAUUGCUCGGCUUUUGUGAUGAGGGUUCUGCCAGGCUUCUGGUUUAUGAAUACAUGAGCGAAGGAUCUCUUGCAAACCUUCCAUUCAAGGCCCAAAGCCGACCUGAUUGGAAAGAAAGAGUAAGAAUUGCACUAGAUGUCGCAAGAGGGAUCUUCUAUCUACAUGAAGAAUGUGAGCCCCAUAUCAUCCACUGUGAUAUAAAGCCUCAAAACAUACUCAUGGAUGGCUUUUGGACUGCAAAGAUAUCUGAUUUUGGGUUGUCAAAGCUGCUUAUGCCAGAUCAAACAAGAACAUUUACUGGGGUGAGAGGGACGAGAGGGUACUUGGCACCUGAAUGGUACAAGAACACGCCGAUAUCAGUGAAGACAGAUGUUUUUAGCUAUGGGAUUGUGUUAUUGGAAAUUAUAUGUUGCAGGAGGUAUAUUGAGUUAUUGGUUCCAGAUAAUGAGAUUGUUCUCACUGACUGGGUUCAUAGCUGCUUCGUGUCAGGAGAGUUGCAUAAGCUUUUGGGUGGAGAAGAAGUGGAAGUGAAGACUUUGGAUAGGAUGGUAAAGGUGGGGUUGUGGUGUAUACAAGAUGAACCGGCUCUUCGUCCUUCCAUGAAGAAUGUGAUUUUGAUGAUCGAAGGGAACAUGGAUAUACCCAUUCCCCCAUCUCCGACUUCUUCAUGAACCUAUCUUAAUAUGCAUGCUCUCUUUAAAUAUGUUGGUGCUUUUAUCUAAAGGUAUUGUCUUUCAUUAAAGUCAAUGUAAUUUUUAAUUACUUGUGGUAUCAAAAUCAAUGUAGUUUUUAAUCACUUGUGGUAUCAAUCUUGUUUCUCAA